CUGAGGAGACGAUCCUGAUCACAGCGCUUACGAUGACAAGCUACUCGCAGACUAGAACUAGACUAGCUGCAACUCUUUGACCUCCUUUGUCCUCCUCUUUAUUAAGGAACAAACACACCAGUACAAACCAAGAACAACAACCACACCUCUGAGCUUGGGCUUGGUUUACAUUAGCAGCCUUGUGAAGCAUCUCAGCUCCUCCUCCUCCUCAUCCACAGCAAGAUCUACCCCAAGACCAUCACCGAUCAACACCAUGACCAGCAAUACCAUACCACACGAUCAUCAUCAUCAUCGUCAGGAGAUGGAUCAGCUGCAAGCCCUGGCUGUGAAGCCACAGGUGAAGAGGCAGGUUAGGAGGAGGAGGACGCACACGAGCAGGCCGUACCAAGAGAAUCUGCUCAACAUGGCGGAGGCGCGGCGGGAGAUCGUCACCGCCCUCAAGAUCCACCGGGCCAGCAGCAGGAGGCAGCAGCAACCCAAGUACCAGCGUCAUCAGGAGCCGCCGCUGCGUCAACCACCGUUUGCGCAGCUCCAGCAACAGCAAGAAGAGCCGAAGCACGUGCAAGAGGCGUUUCUGGAUCCAAGUCGAAGCCAACCGGCGGUUGACGAAGAAGCAUCUCUGGCGCAUACGACGAUGAGUUACGCCUCCUUCACUAACAACCCGUUGCGCAGCUCUCCACCUGCGCACUGGAUUGCUGCCCGUAGCUACUGCUCACCACCACCCAUCCUUCGUCUUCCUUGUGAUAUCACGCCACCUGAACUGCCGCCCACUGCCGCCAUGGGGGGAUUGGGGUUGGACUUGGACCAAUACCAAUACCAAUACCAAGGCGGCUUGGAGCGUUUGGUUCGUAGCCUACCUGCACAGCCGCUAGGACUGAACCUUAGCUUCCAAGGUUUUGGUGUCUCUGUGGACGAUGGUGCCAAGGAAGAUCUCCUUGCUCUUCCAUUGACCCAACCGUCACCGGCUGCCUCGUACUCGUGCUCACCUCCGGCAGUGGAGACGGCGACCACCCAUGCCUGUGCCCCGUCACCAGCGCUCAGUGCAACGGACGCAGAGAACCAGGUGAUCGAUGCACCACCAGCAGCGGCGUUGGUCCCGGCCCUGGACGGGGAGAUGGCGCAGCAGGCAUCGGUCGGCGGCGAGAUGCAGGGCGUGGAGUGGAGCGAGGCGGCGGCCGCGGACGUGGCCGCGUGCUGGAGCAAGAUCUUCGAGAGCGUGGAGAACGGCCAGGGCCAGCACGCGCCCCGCCCAAACGCGGAGGACGUGGCGGCGGCGGCGGCCGGUUUGCCGAUGGAGUGGUGGUGGCUGUGUGGCGACGAUGCCGGUGUCGGCGAGCAAGCGGGGUCGGUCACGGGAGGCAAGCCCUCGCCGGAUGUUCUGGGGAGGAGGGUGCAUGUCGACGACGGCGACGGCGACUACAGCUGCUGCUACGACUACGAGGGCGGUCGCAGAAGCAACGACGACGGCGACGAAGUCACCUUGCCGUGCAUGGACGACAUCGGCGACGACACUCAAGGGUGGGAUGGGGAAUGGUUCUCAUGCCCUUGAAUCUUGAUUAACUGCUCGAUCAAGAUGUUCAUGUAUGUGAUUCGAUAUAAAAACGUGGUACUUAAAUUAA